CAUUAGGCACAAACAAGUGGCUCUCAAAACCCCAAUAUAAACAUCACAUUUUCCAUGGAGAAUCUGCACUGCAAUGCCGAGAGAAAAGGCAAGUCUUGAUCGUCUUCCAUAGAGAAGAACAAGAAGAAAUUAAAUCAGAAAAAUGGAAGGUGAGAUCAAGAACUUGACGAUUGUAUGGUCAUCAAUCAUAGCAUCUCUGUGCUAUUGUUAUUUCGUAGCUUCAGAGAUCCCCAAAGGCACCUACAGACUCCUCUCUCUCCUCCCAAUUUUCUCUCUCUUCACCAUCAUCCCUCUCUCUCUAACCUACGCUUUCCCUACUGCCGUCACCACCUUCUUCAUCACAUGGCUCGCCAACUUCAAGCUCCUCCUCUUCUGUUUCGAUCUGGGCCCACUCUCAUCCUCCAACCCAAACCCACCUCUCUCCCUCCCUCUCUUCAUCUCCAUUUCUUGUCUCCCAAUCAAAAUCAAGCCCAAAAACUCACAAUCAACAAAACCCAAAAAAAAGAUUCCUCUGAAUUUAGCAACAGAGUCCUUAAUCUUCUCUGUUAUGAUUGGUGUGAUAUAUGAUUACAGAGAGGUUAUGCAUCCUAAUAUUGUGUUGACACUCUAUUGUUGCCUUGUGUUUCUCAUGAUUGACAUUAUAGUGGCCAUAUGUAGUAGCGCGGCUCGAGCCGUCAUCGGCUUGGAGCUCGAGCAGCCAUCGGACGAGCCUUACGUUGCCACGUCGCUUCAGGAUUUCUGGGGAAAGCGGUGGAACCUCACCGUAACCAAUUUGCUUCGCCACACCGUGUACAACCCCGCGAGGUCGGCGUUUGCGGUUGUGUUGGGCGGCGCGUGGGCGCCACUGCCGGCUGUGGUGGCGACUUUUGCGGUGUCGGGUUUGAUGCACGAGCUGUUGUUCUACUAUGUCACGCGUGCGACUCCCUCGUGGGAGAUGACGUCAUUCUUUGUUUUACACGGGUUGUGCGUGGUGGUGGAGUUUGUGCUGAAGAGGGCUUUGACGGACAGGUGGCAGUUGCACUGGGCCGUGUCCGGCCCACUGACGGUAGGGUUUGUGAUGGCGACAAGCUUCUGGCUGUUCUUUCCACCACUUAUGAGGAAUGGUGCAGAUGUUAAAGUGAUUGGGGAGUUCAUAGCUUUUGUGGAGUUCAUCAAAAGUAGUUUGAGAUUGCCAUUUUUGGUUGGUUGAUCAGAUGAUGUUAUUGUUGGGUUUUGUUUGACCCACCAAACUAUUUUUUGGACUACAAUUUUCUCAUGUCUGUCUGCAUUGGCUUUUUGUUUUGUAACGUCUCUUUUUCUCAUAUUGAUGGCUACAAAACGUGUAUGACAUUAACCAA